AUAAUCACAAUCGGCCUCGGGAACAAGACUACCCUGCACUGUUGUUCUACAAACUUGUUGGACGUAAAGCGAAUUAAUGACUAAAUUAGUACUUCAUAAUUAUACAAGUGAUAAAUGUGACUUUCAAGAUGAGGCUGAUAUGGUGUUUGUAUCUAGUAGUUUUGUGUACGCAUUGUACACAAGCGUCAACACACUGGAUGGUAACUGAGAGUGGUUUGAUACAACCUAAGCUAGAAUCGCCGUUCGAAAUGGCGCGCCCUUACGACUUGGUAGCCUUUUUAAAUCAAGACACCCGGUGGGACAGUAUCAUAAGCUUGUAUCAUGAUCUCGCUAAAAGGCAGCAGGCUAUUAAAGUUCUGUGGGAAACAUUGGAGACGGAUAGUGAUGUUUCCACACAUCUAUCUGAGGAUGAGAACUGUGUGAAUGCCGGGCCAGUUAAUGUACUGGAUUGGUAUGAUUCUAUUCUAGAAGAUGGCAAAUCCAAGUUUAUUCCAGAAGAGGAGUAUUGGCUAAAUAAUCCUUACUCUGGACAAGAAAGCUUUGUUCCGGACUGCAAAAAGAUAUCUUCUUUGACAUUCAGCAUGUUUGCUUUUGAGCAUUUAGAGGGUAUGAUUAAAAGAGAGAAUCUUAGCAUUGAUCCAGAGUUGACACUGCCGGAGCAGAUUUCUCCAAUCAUGACAGUUGACCAGUUUGGCACCUGGCUGUUUAACAUUCUGCAGCAGAACAGCUCCUCUUGGCUGCACUAUAACAUGGCUUCUCUGUACUGGAGGGUGCGGGGAAUGGCCCCUAAAGCCUUGGAGUGCAGUCGGCGUGCUGUGCAUUAUGCACCAAGGGAAUACAAAGACAUAGCCUUCUUAAGCUUGGGCACAAUACUCCAUCGCAGCAAAAUGACUGAAGAUGCAAUCACACUACUCCGAGCAGCAGUGGACCAUGACCCUGAUUUUGCACUUCAUCAUUUCAUGCUUGGCAAUGCUUAUGGAGUCAGUGGCGAUUUCAACAGUUCCUUGAAACAUCUGGAUAUGAGCUUGGAGCUGAACCCCUUGUCUGAACCGACGGUUAAACAUAGAUAUGGCAUUAUGUGUUAUGCUGGUUUAAUUCGUUAUAAGGAAAGAAUUCGAGAUACAUUAGAUAAAUUACGUGAGGAGCUGGCGGAGUACAGUCAGACAGAAGCUCAUUGGCUGGAUUUGCAAACUUCGUUCCUAAAAACAAUGAAGCUGCCAGAAGAUUAUGAUUUACGGCACGUAGAAAACAACUAUGUUAAAAUGGGCGAAAUGACGGGACUCGAUUUUCGAGAGUUGAAAAAGUCUGGUGACAUGAACUCCCUUAUUAAACACUUCCUCGACGGCCCAUUGUAUAACGAUAAGUGGUUGACCGACAAGGGUGUCCAUGCUUUGGACUCUUUGUACACCCUCCAGAGACUGAUAAAACAUAUACAGAAACACGCUAGUGUGGCUUCCGAUUUUGUAAUGCAAGCUGAACAAAUGAAAACCCCUGAUCCGAAAAUAAUGAAGGAGUUCGGGUUUAAAUUAAGCGACAUAAGAGCAACAGAAUUUGAAAAUGAAGCCAAAAUACUGAAAGGCGAACUUCGCACAGGCGAUAAAAAGACAUCUAGUCCGAUAAGUCAAGUCAAAAGUCAAAUUGAGGAUGAAGAAUUUGAAUAUGAAGGAGGAAUAUUCUUAUAUCCGCCGACAAUGAAAGUGAGCCGUAACACGGAGGAUUUCGACAGGGACUCGGACUGGCCGACGAACAAAUUCUGCUCGGAAUCUGCGCAUAAGUUCCCAAAAAACCUGGAAACUGUAUUUCCAGUUUUUUUGCCAUUUGAAAAUAAAGGGAUUAGCCUAGGCAAGUUGCUGACGGACAAGCUGGGCGUGCCGGCCGACGCCGAGCACGAGUUGCCGUGGCACCCGCCCACGUGCCCUCACGACAGCCACGCGGCCACGUUCACGCAGAAACGGCCAGGGAAGCAACAACUGGGCGAGGUAGUGGGCACAGGCUAUCUGCGCCAGAAGCUUCUGGAGUACGUGGGCGACGGAGACUUGCACGCCGUCCAACAUAUGCAGGACGCGGAGAUCGGCCAGCGGAUCUACGCGGCUAUACAAAAAAAACUAGCUCCGAAAUGGCUUCUGUAUACGUUGGCCUCUUUAUACUGGCGUGUUCGCGGCAACAACGCCAACGCGCUGCAUUGCCUGGCGAGCGCGGGCCGCACCGUGCGGGCGCGGUACAAGGACCUCGUGCUCACGUCGCUCGCCUCGCUGUACCUCGAGACGGGGCACUUUGAUGAGGCGUUGCUUGCGGCCGAGGAGGCAUUCCGGUUGAGCCUUUACGAGCCAGCAACAAACUUCAUGCUGGCCUCACUGAACAUGGUCAAGAAGCACCGCAACACGCACAUGUUCCACUUGAAGCAGACGGUGCGCGUGGAGCCUGGCUUCAUGGACGGCCUGGCCCGCGGCCUGCUCGACGCCUGGGCGUGUGUGCUCAAGGAGGCCAGGGCUCAGGCCAACAAGGUCCAUGAGAUAGAGUUCAGCGAGGCUGAGCUGACAGACGUGUGCCUGGUGUGCGAGAAGGGCGGCACCAACUGCCACAUGAGCAACAUCCACUGCUACAACAGCCGCGAACGAGAGAGUGGUUCUCAAUUUCGACCGCUGGAACCUAAGAGUGUUGACGUGCGCUCCUCGGUCGACCAUGUCGACGGCAGUAUAUUUGAGCCAUUCAUGACCAACAUGCCCCCUGACAGUAGAGAGAGACUGGCUCAUCAUCAUAACUUCGAGAAGAUGCUGCUAACAGUAAACAAUGCAUUGCAAGGAUGUGGAUCGAGGGGAUGCAAUUACAUUCAACCUGAAGACUUGGCUUUGAAAGAGGAGGAUUGCGUAUACCAGCAGCUACAGCUGGCCCAUUGGCUCCACAUUACUAACUUCAAACCUCUCGUCAGUGAUAGCAAUCUCAAAUUGCCACCUGAGAUUCCAUCCUUAACACCAUCUAGCAGAAAAUUUCCCGAAUGCUGCCUCUUUUCCGAUCCAACUCAAGACUUCUUCCUGGAGAGACUCGGUCGGAUAGACACCGGCAACUGGGAGCCUAUUCUUACUCUAAUGCAUCAAUUAUCUGAGUACUUUGAAUACUUCGACUAUGGCAGCUUGGGAGCCAAGAUAGCUAAAUAUGUAGAUACACAACCGCGCGCUUGGCUCGGCGCACUGGCAGCGGGUUGGUGGUGCGGCGCGGGCGGGCACGGCGCGUGCGCGGCGCGCUGCCUCGCCGCCGCCACAGCGCUGGCGCCUGCGCAGUUCGCACCAUAUCCAUUGCGCACCUUCACGCAGCUGCUGCAUAUGCAAUCGAAACACAAAGACGCUAAAGAAGUCGCAUAUCUGGCUUUCUACAUGUCGCCAAAGAGUAAAGUGGAAGCUUUCCUCGUAGCCGUGUCACAUUCUUACAUGGAGGAGUACGAACAAGCAGUGUGGAUGUACCGCUACACCCUGAGUUUCGAUGACAAAUUCCUCCCCGCCAAGGCUUGCCUCCACGCCACCAUGUGCCUCAUGCUCUUUGGAGAGAGCGCCAAGGCCAAACCUAAAGAAGACUAAGAAAUACUCACU